AUGAAUAAAAAUAAUUUUGAUAAUAAUAAUAAUAAAAAGUCGAAAAGGCUUGUUCGUACAAACGAUGGCUGGAAGAGAUUGUCACAAGAUCAACAGAAAGAACGAGCAAUUAAAAAAAUUUCAAUAAAUCAAGAUGAUAGAGAGUUUUUGGAAAAUAUCGACACAAAUCAAAUUGGAACCCUUAAAAAAGCUGAAACUUUGACUAUGCUAUCAUCCAAUAAUUAUGAUGAUAAGAAGAUACAAACAAAGUCUUUGUUUAAAAAUGACAAUGUUUGCAUUAUGCCAAAGAGAAACAUGAAACAAACAAUAAAAAAUUCUAACAAUUCGACGAUGCUAACAUCGAGAGAAAAAAUAAAUAAUUGUUUGUUAAGCUGCAAAUUAGAAAAAAAUACAUUUUUACCUGUUGGUGUUGAAAUAGCUGAAGAUAUAUUUGGUUAUUUGGAUGUGGAAGAUUUGAUCUCUGUAAGUUUAACCUAUAAGCCAGUGUCAAAAUUUGUUUCAGAAUCGGUAAAGUUAUGGCAAGAAAUAUAUCAACGUAUAUCAUCAGAACAUGUUAAUAUGAUAAUGAAACCUAUAGUAAUGGUACAGGCAAUGAUUUCACCAAAUUCAUCUCAAGCUAUUAUAUGGAAACGUCAAGUAUUUGAAAAAUUGAAGUAUAGACCAUAUUAUGUAUUAUACUCGUAUCUUGAUGAAUCAGAUGAUUUUACUUUGUUGUUUCUUGGUGCUUCACACGAUUUCGAUACUUUAGUUUUAGAAGCAGAGGAAUAUACUAGACAAUAUGACGAUGACGAUAUUGUCUCAAUUCACCCGAGCAGACCACCUAAACAUAUUAAUCAUGAAGGACAAUUAUAUGAUAAAUUACAAGUUGGAUAUGACCGAGAUUGGCGCGUAGCCAUUGAAACUGUAAAUACAUUACUUGAUCAUCCGUUACGAUUAAGGAACGCAGAUAAAAUUUUGAUUGUUUACAAAUAUUCUGAUGUAGAAAAAGAUUUCGAAUUUGAAUUCUUGAAAAUAUACGAUGAUGAAAGUGAUGCGAUAAAAUUCGCAAAGUCUUUAUCAAAUCCAGAUAAUGAAUCAUCGGAGGCAAAAAAUUUUGAUCAUCGUGGUGAAAUUUUUGAUCGUGAGGAUGUAUCAAAUAAAAACUUUAGAAUUGCUGUUGAUUGCGUGAAAUUUUGGGGAAAAGUGCAUACAGAAAAACAGUUAUUUGGUGCUACUAUGUAUUUUGAAAGCGAAGAUGAAGAUCUAAAUGAGGAAAGCAUGGAUAUUGGUGACAUUAUGGAAGAUGACGAAUCGAAUAGUCCUAUUGAAAGAUGGAAACAACGAGGCUAUUUCGAUAAAUCUUGUAACUUUUAA